AUGACGAACAGGUUUGGUUUGGGUUCUUUACCUUUAGAUACUAAAAAACCUAACACUACAGCAUGGAUAAAUAAAGCAAAACCUUAUUUUGUUGAUCAAAUAGGAGACAAUCUUCAAGGUGAAAAUGAAGAUACAUUUCAACAUGAAUUAACUGCUCUAGAAACUAAACUUAACAGUGAAUUACAAGAACUAACAAAUAUUCAACAACAAAUACAAAACAUUGAUGAUAGUGUUAUUCAACAACAGAUAACUACUAUCAAUAAUGAAGUUUUAAAACAGGAAAAAAAAUAUAACCGAUUAGAAAAGAAUCACAAGGAAGAAAAUAUUAUUAUUAUUAUUUUAAUCUUCCAUUUGAAAAUUUGA